GGUUACUAUUAGUUCACAUAAUUACGCAACAAACAGUGCAAAGAAUUGAUUGAAAAAAAUAAAUUAGGUUCAUGAAAUAGUCCGCGAUACAUUUUUCUGGCAGUCGUACGCUCAAUUUAGUCCAUGACUGUACAUCUUUGGUUUCAUUUUUUCUUUUCGGUUUUCGUUUAUUUCUCUUCCUAUUCCUCUCCGCUGUUAGUUUACUCGCAUAAAAUGGCAAGAGCCACGAGCCUAUGAAAAAACAAAACCAAACUACAAAUCACAUAGAUGCACGCGUGAAAAUAUAUUACCAUAAAAUCAUAUGCGAGCGUAUACGCGAAUAAAAAUAAUAAAUACAACAACAAUAGCAGCAAAUGAAAAAAAUCAAAUCAAAUAAAAUGAAAUAGAAGCAACAGUAAAGUAGUUAUACAAAUCAAAGAGAUAGAAAGAGUGAAGAGUACCGAAUAAUCGGGCCCGAAGAGCGGUGCGCACAGCUGAACGGCCCGUGUAUGUAUGGGUGCAAAUGUGUAUUGAAAACAGCCGUUUGUGAACGGCGUUUGUAUUUCGUUUCUUCUUCUCUCUCUCUUCAAACAGAGGUAUUUUGCAUUAGGACAGUGCUGUUUUGGAUCGGCUUGAGUGUGAUGCGAUGCGAUAUAUUUUGAAUGUAUGCGUGUGUCUUUCUGGCUGCGAGUGUGUAUAUUAUGUGUGUGAGUGAGGCAAUCUUUAUGUACAACAUUUUGGGACUACACGAGUUACUUUUGACAGAACUGUUGAAGCAGUCGUUUUUGUUGUACAUUUCAUAUACCGUGUAUACCUAAAUAAAAUAGUCACUACAACAAAUUCAGCCUGUGAAAUAAGAAUACACGAAUAACAACAGCGGCACAGAGAGUGAGAGCAACAGCAGAAGAAGAAGAAAUGAAGAAUUAAUUAUUAUUAUUUUUCGAAAGAAAAAAAAUACAUUUUAUUGCCUAGAAAUUCGUUGACAACGUUGCCGAGUGUUGUGUUUGAUUUUUGGGUAAAUUUCACUUGAGUAAAUGUUCAAGACUUACGCGAGCCAGGACAAAUUCAAUCAAUCGAUUUCAUUAAGUGAAACCAACUAAUUCAUUGAAGUUCUCUUUCUCUUUCGCCGAAUCACUUUUUAUCGGUUAAUUUUAUCUAUUUUGCCAAAAAAAAAAUGAUGUAUAAAUAAAAUAAACUAAACUCACCGAGUUCGCGGCGUUUGUUCAUUUAUCUACGGAGUCAAAGCCAUCAUAAAUAAAACCGAAGAACGAAAAUAUUAUUAUCGAUAAAAUUGAAAAUCGACUUUCCGAUCGUUUCAGCUUUGGUGCGACAACAACUGGUUGAAUGUAAAUGAAGCAGCAGCCAUAAAAAAAAUUUAUAAGUCAAAGUUAAAUAUUAUUGUAAAUACUAUUAAAAAUAAACGACCGGUGAAAAACAAGAAUUAUUCGAAAAUUUUGACGACAACAACAACAACACCGACACUUAAAGUGAGUGUGUGAAACAGAGAAAGAGAGAGAGAGAGACAAGCCGAAAAAAAAGAAAAAAAAAGACGAACGGGGACGGAACAAAAUGCUGAUCGCGUGCAAGUGCCUAAAUAUUACGCUUAAGUCGACGGCCAAUAAUUUGCCCGUCGCAAUGCCAGUAGCAGCAUCGAUAUCCAAUUACGAUGAUAUCGCAUAUAAAACGAAUACACCGAAUGCAAAUCAAGCCCAUACGGUUUCAUCAUCAUUAACUGCAACAACACCACCAUCGUCAGCGGUCAAUCGACGCGAUAAUUUAGAGGACAAUCACAACAACGCUGAAGAACAACAACCACCGUACAUUCAAUGUUCCACGGCCGAAAAUCUCGAUAGCAACCAAUUGCAAUUUUUCCGCACGGCCAAACUAUCAACCGCAUCUCUGAUUGCACCAGCGAUUCAACAUACGAAUUUGAUCGGCGUGACGCUGAUUGAAAAUUGGAAUUUGCACACCUGCCGUCACUGUAAAACUAUUACUCAUGCCCAGACCAAUGAUUCGGCAAAAACACUGAUCAAUCCAUCGUUAUGGACCAACCAAGAGAAAAUCAACAUAAUUAAAACGCAGAAAAACUUCUCUAAGUCAUUUAAUAUUUUGCUGAGCCCAAUUACCACCGACAUUGACAGCAGCAUGAUUGAUGCAACGAGCAACGCUAAAACCUUACAAAAUGGUAACGAUCGAGCCAAACAACUCAGACAAUAUCUCAAUAAUGUUAUUCAAUCGGAAACGGAAGACACCGAAACGCGCAUCCAACGAUUUAGCACGCAACAAAUGUCCGCACUUAAAGCAUUUCGUCAAAAGGCCGAACAAGAUUAUCGAGACAUUUUACGGGCAAUUGAGGACGAUGUGUCAAUUAAAGGCAUCAACGAGUCGAGCAACGAUGCAACGUUGAUGAGUAAUUUAAGUGCAAAUUCAAAAUUACUAUCCGAUUUGACACCGCCAGUUACACCGGAUAGCACCCCCAUGAGCAUCGGCAACAGUCCAAACUUCAAACAACAGCCCCAAUCGUUUAUGUUACUCAAUCAAAGUUUAGUCACCAAAAAACACGCAACGAAAAUCAAACAUUCCACACCAGACAAAGUGUCGCAACGGAACUCAAACAUUGACGACGAUAUUUUCUUUGAUAUGGACGGUUUGGAUACGCGCGACAGUAAUAUGCCAGAAGUGACGCAAUCGGAUGAUGAAGAUGUCGAUGAUGAAGACUUUGAAGAUUCAUAUGUUGGCCGAAAUGGUGGAAUCAAAAUCACACCAACCAUUCGUAAAAGUGGCUCAAAGAUGUUCGUUGCCCAAAGUCUUCCGAUGGCUGUGCCGAUCUUCAAUCAACGCAACGAAGACGAUUAUGAAGAGUACCCAGAUCGACAAAAUAACGUUGACAUCGCAGCGAGUAUAAAGGCGUUAGCUCAGAGUGUGCAUGGUGAGGCGAUUUUCGGUGAUUUGCCCAAGCCUCGAUUCAGUACACAAAUCUAGUGCUUCAACAAUCAACAAAUACAAUUGUCAUUUUUUUUUAACAAAUUCUUUUUUCUAAUCGAUAUAAAAACAAAACAAAAUACAAACAAUUUUUUUUCUAGAUAAAUAAGAUGAGAAAAAAACGUUCAUUCUAAAAACAAAACCCCAUUUUUUCACAUAUAUUCUCACGAAAACAUAUAAAUGUAAUGAAUGUUGAAGUAAACGAAAACAAAUUCGCUGGUUGUUCGAUAUAGAGAUUCCUAUUUUAUCAUAUGGAUCAUACAAUUUACCUAUAAAAUGCUAUACCUAACGAGAUAAACGAGAGCGGCCGGACUCAAGUGGCUCUCGAUUCGUCGCAAUGAUGCAAUAGAAUCGAAGAGAAAAACAGUUUUUUCACCCCAAAUUUAUGUUCAUUGUAGACGACAAAGAAAAUGAAAAAAAAUGUCGAUAGGCAGGAGCUUGAGUUGAAUGUAUUUUUUUUUUAAAUAAAGAGUAUAUUUUGUUAAGAAUAGUCGCUAAAAAUGACAGACAUGAAUUCAAAUGAAAGAAACAUGAAAAGAGCGAAACAAAAUGUUAUGUAGCGACAGAAACAAGUUCAAAAAUAAAUAAAAACGACGUUUGCCAUGUUAAAAAGUACACACACGACGAAACAAAAACAAAAACAGAGUUCAAUUGAAUCAAACAAAUAUUUUGUAUAGAAAUGAAAAAGAAAUAGAAAAUGUCCAAGAAAUGAAAUCAUUGAA